AUGCCUCCGAAAACAGACGCAGAUCUAGAAAAGAAAAUGCUCAAUGCGAUCAAAGAACUCGGAACAAAGUUUGAUGAAAAAAUGACACGAAUGGAAGAGAACAUACAACAGAAGUUUGAAAAACAUGUAAAAAAUAUUAAAGAUGAGUUAGAAAGACAGUGGAAAGCAAAAGAAGAAGAGUGUGAGCAAGAAAGGCAGAACUGGAAAAACGAGAGAGAAAACUUGCUAGACAGAGUGAUGAAACUUGAGUGGGACAGGGAAAAGGGUGAGAGAGAAAAAAGAAAACUAAAUAUUGUUAUAAAGGGAGAAGAGUUUACAGAAGAAAACAUAAAAGAAAAAGUCGAGGAAUAUUUAAAGGACAGUAUUAACACAGAUGUAAAAGUGGAAAAAACAUUUACAAUAAAUAACAACAAUAGGGAAAAGAGAUACAAAAUGACUAUAGCCAAGCUAGAAAACUGGCAGAUGAAAAAGCAAGUUAUGAUGAACAAAGCUAACCUCAAAAGAGGAAUUUAUAUUGAUGAUGACUUGAAGAGAAAGAGAGAGAAAUACAGCGACAUUUGA